AUGGGUCCCACUGGUGCGUCUCUCUUCAAGCGGAAACGUACGAAUAGCAAGGAGGUCCAGCCGUCCGGAGGUGUCCCAUUCGGCAAGGGCGGCAAGCGUGGGAAGGUUAAGGAAGACGUUGCGUGGCUACUGGAGGACACUAGUGAUGGGGGUUGGAAGCCGGUUAGGGAUGACGGCCAUGUUCAGGUGUGGAAGAGAUCUAUGCCCAACAGCGAUUUUGUUGCUAUCAAGUCCAAGGCGUCCUUGGCGGUUUCGCCGCAGGCUUUGUUUGAGGUCCUCACGCCCGGCGACAUCGAGAUCGUCAGACAGUACAACCCUCUGGUCGAGGAUGGCAUUGAUCUUGAGGUGAUAGACCGGGACAACAAGGUGUCUUGGAGUGCGACGAUGGGAAUCUGGCCCUGCCGCCCCCGAGACUUUGUGACGCACAUCCAGAGGGCCACCCUCGAGGACGGUAGCGUGGCGAUAGUUAACUCUGCUACCUCUCACCCCAAGGCCCCAGCAGGCGGAAAGUACGUCCGCGGGGAGAUUUUGCACGGCGUGUUCCACAUCAAGGCGGCGAAGAACAAGAAGCACUCCGAAUUCACCAUGGUGCAUCACUUCAGCCCGGGCGGAAACAUACCUCCCUGGCUGAUGAACUGGCUGGCCGAAGGAAAGCCGAUUACCUUCGUGAGAAAGCUCGAGGAAGUGGCGAAGAAGUGGGAUCGGCAGGCGGCGCUCACCAAGAGCAUGCCCUGCAAGGGAAGGGGAUUUGCGGACAAGCCGUGCGCCUUUUUGUUGCCAACGGGUGACAGCAGCGAGGAAGGUGACACGCUGGCGGCGGCGGCAAGGGCGGCGGCAGGGGGCGGCGGCGGGGAGUGGGGCUCGUUGGUCAAAGCGUUAACCAUGGCGGCGUUGUUGGCGUACGCUUGGGCCCUCUUCUUCGAUCGCCGGGCGGUGUUCGGAAAGAAGGGAGAGCCCUCGGCUGCGGGACCAGGCAGGAUGCCUGCGGAGGAGAAGAGUGGAACUCUUCACUCCAGGGUGGCGUUGCCUGCCAAGCACGAGAAACUCGCGGUGAUUUCACGGGAGCAGUCUGCCGGGGUCCCCGCAGUGGUGAUCUCGGGAGCGGUACCCCAUGCCCAUGCUGAUGGUGAGAAGGCGGGCCCGGAUGGGAGAGACGUCAAGGAUCUGCGAGGGCCUAGCGGAGACGUACAGCACGACGACGUGCUCAUGGCAGAGGGUGGUGGCGGCGAGGUCGUGCCUGGCCGAGGAGAGUUGGCAGGCGCGACGGCGGAAAAGGAAGACCCCUCGCCAACACCAGCACGCGAGGCGCCCAGGGAAGAAUGCGGGGCGCUUGCAGAACGGGCGGAAGUUCCGCCCGCGUCGUCGUCAGAUUCUCGCGAAGAACCCGACACCAGCUUUCUCGACGGAGAGAUUGCCAACGGGGGGAUUGCUGGUCAGGUGGAGGGAUCGAUUUCACGCGGAGGGGGUGUGGAGGUGACGAAUAGCGGGCCGACGGCAGUGGCAAGUGCGAUCGGCGGAGAGGCGGGAGAUUGCGGCGCAGCAGCGGUCGAAGACGCGACUAGCGUAGCAGUCGCCGACACGGGGGCGGGCGUGGGAGAGCCGGCGACCGCGGUGGGGAGAAGCGACACGAUCGUUAGCGGGGACAACGCCCCAAGUGGAGACGUGGUGAUCGCUGAAGUGCGUUCAGCAACGGACGCAGAUAGAGCUGCGAUUUCUGUAGCACCAGCGGUGUUUAACGUGGGUAACGGAGAGCUGCCGCGUGGCAACAUCUCUAGCGGAGAGGUGUGGUCAACGCCGCUGCCCGUUGAAGGGAUUUCGAAUGGUGAAGGCAGCAGCUGUGAAAUAUUGGUAAAAGAGUGA